CGUGUAACUGGCUCUAAAUAGUAUCACUGAGACGCUAAUUGUUUUUUCGGCAUUUUCGACACAUUUUCUCUUAGGUAAGAGACUCUACCUCAACAGAGUACGAAGAUCCGUGUGACGUAGUCGUCGAGAUAAGAUAUAAUAAAUAAUGGCGCAUUCUCACAAUGAUAAUACUCAUGCAUGCCAAAGCAACAAAUAUGCUGUUUGUCAGACUUUAGAUGAGAUGGUAUUCGAACGUGGACUCUGGAAGGCAGCGUUGGAUGGUGAUAUAGAACGCGUGGAGAUGUUAUUGGGCAGGGGCCACGACCCCAGGGCGGAAGACGCCGGCGGCUACACUCCCCUGCAUUAUGCCGCUCGAAACGGUCAUUUCCACGUGUGCGAGCUCCUAUUGAAACACGGCGCGGACGUGAACGCGACUACCCCCUCUAUUAAGGCGACACCUCUGCACCGUGCUGCUACUCAGGGUCAUGCUGAAACCGUCGAAACGUUGCUGCGACACGGUGCGAACGCCAAUCUCAAGGACACGGACGGCAAGACGGCCCUACACCGGGCGAUCUCGAGCCAUGCCAGCUCCAUGGAAACUCUUCAAGACAGCUCGUUAUCGAACACUUGCAUGUUACUGCUACCGCAUACCGAUCUUAAUAUCAAAGAUAACACCGGACAAAAUACAAAGGAAUUAAUAUCUGAAACGUAUAACGAGACGUUAAACAAAUUGGGACCAGAAGCUGCGAAGUUAAUGAAAGAUUCGUUGUUAGGAAAGACGUCCGACGUAGAUAUGGAUAAAAAAGCAUUAGAAGAAAAAAAAGCAUUAGAAGAUAAAAAAGCAUUAGAAGAUAAAAAAGUAAUAGAAGAUUUUGAGAGGACAAAGAUAACAGAUCGUGUAAAAGAAGAGAUAAAUGAAACGAUAAAACGAAAGAGGGAGGAAAUAGAAAAAUUUCUUAGUGAACAAAAAAAAACAGAAACCAAAACGGCUGACAUAGAGCAGUUGAGUCGCUUUACAUCUAUCGGUUAUUGCGACGAUUCGACGAUAGUAUAUUUGCAACAUCCUUGCAUAAUAUUGAGUGCUUUAGAGGUACUUGGUUACAAAGUCAUCGCAUCUUCCAGUACUAGCAUUAAGCAGGAUUAUAAUGAGUACAUGUGGACUAUGAGAAAAGAAUUUACAGAACCUGAACCUGAUAUUGCUGUAAAGGCUGGUAUGGUUCGAAAUUACGCGGCAAUGGCAACCACGUCCAACGUCACGUCUAAAAAGGACGGCGCCGACGAGGACGACGACACUUUCUAUUACGUCGGUGUAAAGGCGUCCCCGUUCGCGGCCGAUUGCGCUGUGUUUGGUUUGCCCUCGAAAGAGACAUCGGCCCUACGCAGCCGCUUCCCGCUGUCCCCAAGUAGUACAAAUAUCGUGAAUGGAAUUAUGCUCAAAGUAAUGGCGCAUUCUCACAAUGAUAAUACUCAUGCAUGCCAAAGCAACAAAUAUGCUGUUUGUCAGACUUUAGAUGAGAUGGUAUUCGAACGUGGACUCUGGAAGGCAGCGUUGGAUGGUGAUAUAGAACGCGUGGAGAUGUUAUUGGGCAGGGGCCACGACCCCAGGGCGGAAGACGCCGGCGGCUACACUCCCCUGCAUUAUGCCGCUCGAAACGGUCAUUUCCACGUGUGCGAGCUCCUAUUGAAACACGGCGCGGACGUGAACGCGACUACCCCCUCUAUUAAGGCGACACCUCUGCACCGUGCUGCUACUCAGGGUCAUGCUGAAACCGUCGAAACGUUGCUGCGACACGGUGCGAACGCCAAUCUCAAGGACACGGACGGCAAGACGGCCCUACACCGGGCGAUCUCGAGCCAUGCCAGCUCCAUGGAAACUCUUCAAGACAGCUCGUUAUCGAACACUUGCAUGUUACUGCUACCGCAUACCGAUCUUAAUAUCAAAGAUAACACCGGACAAAAUACAAAGGAAUUAAUAUCUGAAACGUAUAACGAGACGUUAAACAAAUUGGGACCAGAAGCUGCGAAGUUAAUGAAAGAUUCGUUGUUAGGAAAGACGUCCGACGUAGAUAUGGAUAAAAAAGCAUUAGAAGAAAAAAAAGCAUUAGAAGAUAAAAAAGCAUUAGAAGAUAAAAAAGUAAUAGAAGAUUUUGAGAGGACAAAGAUAACAGAUCGUGUAAAAGAAGAGAUAAAUGAAACGAUAAAACGAAAGAGGGAGGAAAUAGAAAAAUUUCUUAGUGAACAAAAAAAAACAGAAACCAAAAUUUAACGGAAUACUUGCACAUUUCGUUUUUGUUCGUAUAGUUUUCGUUUUUGCAUAAUAAUGAGAGAGAAAGAGAGAGAAUAUAUAUAUUGGCGUAAUAUAUAUUGAUAAUUUGGUAAAACGUAAAUCUCUUUUUUGAUAUUUGUACAUAAGCAGAAAUGUAUGACAAUUUCAUGUAAACUAAAAGACUGGUAGUAUAUUAGCAUUCAAAAAUUUAA